GACUUCCGUCCGCGGGGGAGCGGCGGCGACGGCGGCGGCGCAGAAGGCCGGGCAGUGGCGCCGAGGGACGGGCGGACGCACGGGCUGACGGCUGGGAACCAUGGAGUGCGGCCCCGGGACUGGGGUGCGCGGGCCGCGGCGGGCUUCCCUGUGCACAACAUGGAGAUGUGAGGCUGCAAGGCUCCCGAGGGCUCGGCUUGGACCGCGAUGGGGCUGGGCUGCUGCCUCCUAACAGGGCUCUUGUCUGGGGCAGUGGCUGGGGGUUGCCCCUCCCCGCCCAUAUCUUGGAGCAUCUCCACCCCUCCCCUGCUAAGUGAGGCCUGCCCUGGGGCCUGGUGCCCACCAUGAACGGCCUGUCCGUGACUGAGCUGUGCUGCCUCUUCUGCUGCCCACCCUGCCCUGGUCGCAUUGCCGCCAAGCUCGCCUUCCUGCCUCCAGAGCCCACCUACUCGCUGGUGCCUGAGCCUGAACCUAGGCCUGGUGGGGUCGGGACCACCCCCACGGGGACCCUGCGGACCUCCACAGGCACCCCUGGGCGCUGGAAGCUCCACCUGAUGGAGCGCUCUGAUUUCCAGUACAGCCAGCGCGAGCUGGACACUGUUGAGGUCUUCCUGACCAAGAGCAGCCGUGGCAACCGCAUUGCCUGCAUGUAUGUGCGCUGUGUGCCCGGAGCCAGGUAUACAGUCCUCUUCUCGCAUGGAAAUGCGGUGGACCUGGGCCAGAUGAGCAGUUUCUACAUUGGCCUGGGCACACGCAUCAACUGUAAUAUCUUCUCCUAUGACUACUCGGGCUAUGGUGUCAGCUCGGGCAGGCCCUCCGAGAAGAACCUCUACGCCGACAUUGAUGCUGCCUGGCAGGCCCUGCGCACUAGGUACGGCAUCAGUCCGGACAGCAUCGUCCUGUACGGGCAGAGCAUCGGCACAGUGCCCACUGUGGACCUCGCCUCGCGCUACGAGUGUGCCGCGGUGGUGCUGCACUCCCCACUCACCUCCGGCAUGCGCGUCGCCUUCCCAGACACCAAGAAGACCUACUGCUUCGAUGCGUUCCCCAACAUCGAGAAAGUGUCCAAGAUCACAUCACCGGUGCUUAUCAUCCACGGCACGGAGGACGAAGUGAUCGACUUCUCGCACGGGCUGGCACUCUAUGAGCGGUGCCCCAAGGCUGUGGAGCCGCUGUGGGUGGAGGGCGCCGGGCACAACGACAUUGAGCUUUACAGCCAGUACCUGGAGCGCCUGCGCCGGUUCAUCUCCCAGGAGCUGCCCAACCAGCGCGUCUAGUGGAGCUACUGCACCCCAAGCCAAGCCGGGACAGAUCUCAGCAAUAAGCGCCAGCCCUGGCCUCGGGGGCUGCAUGUGAACCCCCGGGCGCCCCAGGCCCCCGAGGCAGCUGGCGGGCAGUGGGGUCGGAGCUGCCCUGGCCCAGGGGCUGUGGACGAUGUACAAGUGACAGAGCAACGCUCUCCUUUCCUUUUGGAAGCAAAACAAAGGAAAACGUGAAAA